UGUACUACCCGGAAGUUUUUAGCGUCACCGGGCAAAUUGAAGAAUCGCCUUAUCCACAAAGCUUGAAAUGCAACGUGAAAAGAGUGUCAAAGCUAAAGAAGUGAUUGAAUCACUUUGUAAACUUCUAUUUUCACUAGGCUUGGAGUGUGUACCUAGUGCAGAAACGUUCAGACGGGCCAAGUUCAACAAAGGAGAGGAUGUGGUGGUGGAGUUCUGGAAGCUCCUUCAUAGUGUUCUUCUGAAAGCACUGCUACUGGAAUGUUCUUGCACAACACUUUCAGACUUGGACAGCCAUGUGAGAGAGGCACUCUGGCAGUGUGGUUACGGUGCUAGCUGGAUUGUUGUGACGACUGCCAGGCUCAGUCCCAGGAGUGAAGUUGGGAGCCGAGAGCUGCUGGUGGCGUUUGGGUGGGUGCUGUCUUCAGGGAGCCUGCUGGAGGCCCUGCUGAGAGCAAGAUCCCUGGAGCUGGAUAUCCUCUCACUCCCACCCACGGUCUCACUGAGUAGCCCCAGAGAGGGAGGCUCCCUUGGGGCUGUGGAUGGCCAAGGAGGCCUGAAGGAAGACAGGCUCCUCAGGAGACUCCAAUGGCAGUACGGGAAACUCAGGUUCCAGUGGCGGAGCUUGCUCUCCAUUCAAGAGGAAAGAGCUAGACUCCUUCACCAGGUCCUUUCCUCCAGCACCACACCCUCCACGUCCACCUCCCAGCCCUCUUCUUCUGACGCCCGUCACAGCAUGUGCUCAACUGCCCUGAAAAAGGAGGUGGAGGGUCUACAGGCUCUCAGUCAGCUGUUGGAGGCCUACCUGGAGUGGAAGAGACAGGAGCCACUCUUCUGGUGCUGGAUGGUAGUGGAUAGUGUGGUGGAUAGCCAGCUCUCAGACCUGAGAGAGGAGGACACUGUGGAGAACAUGUCACCUGUACACCAGGUUGUCAAUAGGUGCUUUCCCUACAGUUACAAGGACAAGGAGGGUCUGGAACGACUGGACAAUAUGCUGCUGAGGCUGCAGACAGGGCUGAAGGACACACACACAAGACAGACCAGAAAAGCGCAGAGUGUUCUUAAAGACGUUGAGGAGUUGGAGGAGAUUGAGAGGAGAGUGGCUCUCAGGCUACAGGGCUUGGCUGAGCCCAAUACUUCAACCCCUACAUCUUUUUGCUGCAGUUACAGGCCAAGUCUCCAGGGGCCACAGCCACUUCCCAACCACCACCGGCAUCGUAGGCCAGGGUCUGUGCUCCUACAAGCCUGUGAUGGGGCAGUGCUGCCAGGCAGGGUGUCUGGGACAGGCACAGUGAGGGUCCAAGUACAGGCCUCCUCACUGAUCGUCGAGCUGCAGCAGAGAGAGGGCCUCCUGCUGGGGGAACUGGGGCAGAUGAGGCAGGCCAAGCGGGAACAGAUCCAGGAGAAGACAGCCAGCAGGCUGGAGGGGGUUGGAGCUGUCCUCAUCCCCCCUCUCCCUCUCAAAAGAUAAACACUAACAGGAUGCUACUUCAGGGUGUGUGUGCGUGCAAGCGAGCGAACAGGAUGCUGUUCAGCUCGGUGGCUGACAGACUGUCUGUCCCCAGACUACUGCAAUAGAAAUAGAAUGACUAGAAGGUGCAAAGGCACUCGGCAAUCUGUUUUAUUAAUUAUAUUUAUAUGGCUACUGCCAAUAUAUUCUGAUGGGCUAGACUGCAUGUGAUAUAUUUCAAAUUAGAUCUGAAAUACACAUUAACCAGUUGAAAUCAAGAUAUUGCCCACACCUUUUCGUGUGUGUGUGUGUGUGUGUGUGUGUUGAUGUAAUCCACUGCGAGACAGAACAUAAAGACCUGUCUGGGCUGUUAA